GUCAGGCUUCUUCCUCCCUGUAUGUCCGGAAGGUGGGGUUUUGAGUUGCAGCGGACGGUCGGUUUGUGUUGGAACAGUGGAACUCGGCAGCCCUAUGCCUCGCUAUUCACCAUUAAUGCACUUAUCAAGAUAGCAGCAAGAAAGGGGAAACGUCAAAAUCUUGCUUUGGUGGUGUCAGUGAGUGUUUGGACAUAGUGACGGUGUGUGACAGAGACCAGAGAUGGCUGCCAGUAAGAGUAAGACCCAGAGUUCUCUGGCCUUGCACAAGGUCAUUAUGGUGGGGAGUGGUGGCGUGGGCAAGUCCGCCCUCACACUGCAGUUCAUGUACGACGAGUUUGUGGAGGACUAUGAGCCCACAAAGGCAGACAGCUACAGGAAGAAGGUGGUGCUAGAUGGAGAGGAGGUCCAGAUCGACAUUCUGGACACGGCUGGACAGGAGGACUAUGCUGCCAUCAGAGACAACUACUUCAGGAGUGGAGAGGGCUUCCUGCUAGUCUUCUCCAUCACAGAACACGAGUCCUUCACAGCUACUGCAGAGUUCAGGGAGCAGAUACUGCGGGUGAAGGCAGAGGAGGAUAAGAUUCCUCUGUUGGUUGUGGGGAACAAGUCUGACUUGGAGGACCGCAGACAGGUCUCUGUAGACGAGGCCCGAGCCAAGGCAGAGGAGUGGGGGGUGCAGUAUGUAGAGACAUCAGCUAAGACACGAGCCAACGUUGACAAGGUAUUCUUUGACCUAAUGCGAGAGGUGCGAGGCAAGAAGAUGUCGGAAAACAAGGACAAAAACGGCAAGGGAAAGAACAAGAAUAAGAACAAGAAGAGUUUCAAAGAGCGAUGCUGUUUACUCUGAACCCAACAUAGACCUUUACAACACAAAACACCACAAUCUAUUGUUACUCUGAGGAACCAACCAGCUCAGAAUCACAUCAGAACAUCCAUCCUCACAUUGAGUCAAAAGUUUUAGAUUUGUUUUUAAUCUGGCCAUAGGAGGUUUGUUUAGCAGGUAUGGGGUUAGUUCCAUUUCAACUCUGUCAAUUCCAUAAGUAAACUAAAAUUCCAGUAGCAAUUUUGCUCAUUGCUUUUCAAUAAGGGAAAUUGGAAUUUCAGUUUACUCCUAGAAGUGAAAUGGAAUUGACCCCAACCCAGGUCUUUACCACGUUCUCAACCACUGUUUUUGCAACUAAAACUUAAGGUUAGAUAGCCUGACUGUUUCUUGUUUUUAAUGGAAGGUGGCCAUUGUUCUGCUACUCUGUGACUUGAUCUGCAAUGCCUGACCGCUCCCCUGAUAACAACCUAAUGACCAAACUGCCUCCAACACUAACUUCAGUCUGCUUUGAUCUUUUUCUGUCUAUCUCAAUAGAUCUGUCCUUUAUGAUCAAUUUAUACCAUUUAUUUUCAUCAAGAAUGGGCCUUGAGACAUUUUUGUCUAGAAUGGGAAUGGAUCUGUGAAUGGGGAUUGUUUCAGUCAAGCACAGAAAUGUAGCGAAACUCAUUUCAAUGCUUUGCACUGAUGUCUAUAUGGUCAUGGACAUCACCACUAAUCUGUGUUUCUUAAUGAAAAAAAAAAGAUUUCCUAGUUAGUAAGAGUUGGGGACUAAGACUGAACUUGUCAUUGUUUCCUUUACAAUAGGAUAAAGCAAUUGUCAAUCAAGAAGGCUCAUUGCCUAAGGAUUCAAAGCACAUGUGGGGGCCAGGAGUUUCUUCGGGUCAGUUUACAUUGUCAGGAAAAACUCCUGAACCUAGUCUAAGAAUGAUGGAUGUUGAGGUGUGAAGUUGUAAGUUUACUAACCAGAACUCCCGUGGCAGUUAGCAUGCAGUGUUUUUGGAGCCACCUGCUGGCACUUAUUGGGUACUUCCUGGUAAAUACAGGAACUAAAAUGGAACUUUGCCACAUUUAUUAGUCUGUGCAAUAUGGGUCAGUUGGCACCAUAAGAGGAGAGUGAGAUUUAAGUACACUCUGCGUUGCCAUUAACUAUCAGCCAGUCGUCAGCUUUGGGUUAUUAAUAUUUGUACUUAUUAUGGAUUUUAUUCUAAUGCUUUUGUAGAAAGUGCACUACAUUGUUGCCAAUACCUUAAAAAAUAAGAACUCUUCAAAGUUCCCAUGCUGGAGAAUGCUAAAGCAGUUUGUGCCAACACCAUUAAGGAUAUCAUGAAAUAGGCUACCAACUCACUGAUAUAGGCUACCAACUCACUACCAAUUCACCCCUCUAUAUAAAUAAUGUUUGUAUAUUAACUGAGUGUAUGUAUGUAGGUAUGUAUGUGCAUCAGACAACAGUUGAUACUUCUGGUUCAUUUGUGUCUGUGUGAACGAACUUUGGUCAUGUUCAUUAGGCAUCAAAUUGAACAAAAUGGACAGGCACAUGAAGGGACUACCUGGACUUGACCAAUAGGAAAUUGAUUAUUUUUUUUCUACAUAAAAUAAUGUAUUGUGCCCUAAUGAAUGCUACUCUGGUGAGGGACACAGCUCAUUUGCUGUUAUUGUUGGAUCAGUCACUCUGUUCUGCCCUACAACAGUAAAGUAAUAUUUCCAACAACCACUGUCCUAAUCAUUCUGCUCUUUGAUAACAAUGUGUGUCCUACUCUUUUCUUUUAAAGUUAGUCUAUUAUUGCUAGAUUUUCACCUUUUCUGAACAAAAAAUACUUCAAAAUAUGUUGCCAAAUAAAUGCUUUUUUCUUUGUAAA